AUGGCGGUGAGCUGCGCCCCCGAAAUCCAGGCCGUGCCGGGUGGUGUCCAUGGGACCCUCACGGAAGUUAAUGGGGCCACACGAGGCCGGCGAGAACGGAUGCGGGAACCUCGGGGCUUUGCGCCUUCUGGUUGCCAGGCCUGUGCCCUGUUCUGGCCGAUCCAGAACCAGACCUUCCAUGCCCAGGCCGGCCUCUGGGAUCGAGAAUCAUCCGAAUCCUUUACUGGGGCCUCCAGCCCUGCCCGGCCCCGCAGAGGCACUGACCCUCUCACCUCCAGCCCUGGCCGAAGCUCCCGGCGCACUGAUGCUCUUACCUCCAGCCCAGGUCGAGACCUUCCUCCCUUCGAGGAUGAAUCUGAAGGGCUGCUGGGCACCGAGGGGCCCUUGGAGGAAGAGGAAGAAGAUGGAGAGGAGCUCAUUGGGGAUGGCAUGGAGAGGGACUAUCGUGCCAUCCCGGAGCUGGAUGUCUAUGAGGCCGAGGGAUUGGCUCUGGACGAUGAGGAUGUGGAGGAGUUGACCGCCAGUCAGAGGGAGGCCGCCGAACGGGCCAUGAGGCAGCGGGACCGAGAAGCAGGCCGUGGCCUGGGCCGCAUGCGUCGUGGGCUGCUGUAUGACAGUGACGAGGAGGAUGACGAGCGCCCCGCUCGGAAACGCCGCCUGGUGGAGCAAGCCACAGAGGACGGUGAGGAGGACGAGGAGAUGAUUGAGAGCAUCGAGAAUCUGGAGGACCUGAAGGGCCACACUGUGCGAGAGUGGGUGAGCAUGGCAGGUCCCCGGCUGGAGAUCCAUCACCGGUUCAAGAACUUCCUGCGGACCCAUGUGGAUGGGCAUGGCCACAAUGUCUUCAAGGAGCGCAUCAGCGACAUGUGCAAAGAGAAUCGUGAGAGCCUCGUGGUGAACUAUGAGGACCUGGCAGCCAGGGAGCAUGUGCUUGCCUACUUCCUGCCAGAGGCACCAGCAGAACUGCUGCAGAUCUUUGACGAAGCUGCCCUGGAGGUGGUGUUGGCUAUGUACCCCAAGUAUGACCGCAUUGCCAGCCACAUCCAUGUCCGCAUCUCCCAUCUGCCCCUGGUGGAGGAACUGCGGUCUCUGAGACAGCUGCACCUGAAUCAGCUGAUCCGCACAAGUGGAGUGGUGACUAGCUGCACAGGUGUCCUGCCCCAGCUCAGCCUGGUCAAGUACAACUGCAACAAGUGCAACUUUGUCCUGGGACCAUUCUGCCAGUCACAGAACCAGGAAGUGAAGCCAGGCUCCUGUCCUGAGUGUCAAUCAGCCGGCCCCUUCGAAGUCAACAUGGAAGAGACCAUCUAUCAGAACUACCAGCGCAUCCGAAUUCAAGAGAGUCCAGGCAAGGUGGCGGCUGGCCGGCUGCCCCGCUCCAAGGAUGCCAUUCUCCUUGCUGAUCUAGUGGACAGCUGCAAACCAGGAGACGAGAUAGAGCUGACUGGCAUCUACCACAACAACUACGACGGCUCCCUCAACACUGCCCAUGGCUUCCCUGUCUUUGCUACGGUCAUCCUGGCCAACCAUGUGGCCAAGAAGGACAAUAAAGUGGCUGUAGGAGAACUGACUGACGAGGACGUGAAGAUGAUCACCAGCCUGUCCAAGGAUCAGCAGAUCGGGGAGAAGAUCUUUGCCAGUAUUGCACCUUCCAUCUAUGGCCAUGAAGACAUCAAGAGAGGUCUGGCACUGGCUCUGUUUGGAGGGGAGCCCAAAAACCCAGGUGGUAAGCACAAGGUCCGAGGUGAUAUCAAUGUGCUGCUGUGUGGAGAUCCUGGCACAGCUAAGUCUCAGUUCCUCAAAUAUAUCGAGAAAGUCUCAAGCCGGGCCAUCUUCACCACUGGCCAGGGGGCUUCUGCGGUAGGCCUGACGGCAUAUGUCCAGCGGCAUCCUGUUAGCAGGGAGUGGACCUUAGAAGCUGGUGCCUUGGUUCUGGCUGACCGAGGAGUGUGUCUUAUCGAUGAGUUUGACAAAAUGAAUGACCAGGACAGAACCAGCAUCCAUGAGGCUAUGGAGCAACAAAGCAUCUCUAUUUCAAAGGCUGGUAUCGUCACCUCCCUGCAGGCUCGUUGCACCGUCAUUGCUGCUGCUAACCCCAUAGGAGGGCGCUACGAUCCCUCACUCACCUUCUCAGAAAAUGUGGACCUUACAGAGCCCAUCAUCUCACGCUUCGACAUCCUGUGUGUGGUGAGAGACGUAGUGGAUCCAGUCCAGGAUGAGAUGCUGGCCCGCUUUGUGGUGGGCAGCCAUGUCCGACACCACCCCAGCAAUAAGGAGGAGGAGGGGCUGAGUGGUGGCAGUGUCCCCGAGCCGGCCAUGCCCAACACGUAUGGCCUGGAGCCUCUACCGCAGGAGGUCCUGAAGAAGUACAUCAUCUAUGCCAAGGAGAAGGUCCACCCAAAGCUCAACCAGAUGGAUCAAGACAAAGUAGCCAAGAUGUAUAGUGACCUGAGGAAAGAAUCUAUGGCAACGGGCAGCAUUCCCAUUACGGUGCGGCACAUUGAGUCCAUGAUCCGGAUGGCAGAGGCCCACGCGCGCAUCCACCUGCGGGACUACGUGAUAGAGGAUGAUGUCAACAUGGCCAUUCGAGUGAUGCUGGAGAGCUUCAUCGACACGCAGAAGUUCAGUGUCAUGCGCAGCAUGCGGAAGACAUUUGCUCGCUAUCUGUCAUUCCGGCGCGAUAACAAUGAGUUGUUGCUGUUUAUAUUGAAGCAGUUAGUGGCAGAUCAAGUGACAUAUCAGCGCAACCGCUUUGGGGCCCAGCAGGACACUAUAGAAGUGCCUGAAAAAGACUUGGUGGACAAGGCACGUCAGAUCCACAUACACAACCUCUCCGCUUUUUAUGACAGUGAACUCUUCAGGAUGAACAAGUUCAGCCAUGACGUGAAGCGGAAAAUGAUCCUUCAGCAGUUCUAG